AAACCCGGAAGUAAACAGUAGCGUUAGAAGCUUGAAACCCAUGCUGACUCAGAGAUGUUAGAAAAGGUUUAACCUCUCGUCUGCUUCUCCGUAGCGCAACAGUCACAUCAGUGAAGCCACUGUUUAGACAGACGUACAGCGGUGUGGAGCAGCAGACACUUCACUCAUCACAGAUAUAAGCAGAGAGAAGCCUGAUGAACAGCGAGAUCUUCAGAAGCCUGAUGAACAGCGAGAUCUUCAGCCUGAGCGAGAGGCUGGUGUCCUCCUCUUAUGUGCAGCAGGGCCUGCAGGCUCGGCGUGCUCACGAGCAGCUCAUCAGACUGCUUCUGCAGCAGGGCAAAUGUCCAGAGGAGGGGUGGAGUGAGAGCACCGUCGAGCUCUUUCUGAACGAGCUGGCAGUCAUGGACAGUAAUAACUUCUUGGGGAACUGUGGUGUGGGCGAGCGAGAGGGCCGGGUCGCCUCAGGCCUGGUGGCCAGGAGACAUUACAGACUGAUCCACGGCAUCGGCCGCUCGGGGGACAUUGCUGCUGUUCAGCCCAAAGCUGCCGGUUCAAGCCUCCUGAAUAAAAUCACUAAUUCAGUCAUGCUGGACGUGCUCAGAUUUACAGGUGUUAGGAGCGUGUCCUCGUGCUUCGUGGUCCCGAUGGCCACAGGAAUGAGUCUGACGCUGUGCUUCCUCACGCUGAGACACAGGAGGCCAGGAGCGCGUUUCAUCCUCUGGCCUCGCAUCGACCAGAAGUCCUGUUUCAAAUCCAUGCUGACGGCUGGCUUUGAGCCUGUGGUGAUAGAGAAUGUGCUGGAAGGAGACGAGCUGAGGACAAACCUGGAGGAAGUGGAGAGGAAGAUCGAGGAGCUGGGAGCUGAGAACUUCCUGUGUAUCCAUUCCACCACUUCCUGUUUUGCUCCGCGAGUCCCUGACAGGCUCGAGGAACUUGCUGUUCUGUGCGCAAAACAUGAUAUUCCCCAUAUAGUCAAUAACGCUUAUGGAAUGCAGUCAUCCAAAUGCAUGCACCUUAUUCAGCAGGGGGCUCGCGUUGGGAGAAUCGAUGCCUUUGUCCAGAGUCUUGAUAAAAACUUCAUGGUCCCGGUCGGCGGUGCCAUCAUCGCAGGCUUUGAUGAGAACUUCAUUAAGGAGAUCAGUAAGAUGUAUCCAGGUCGAGCUUCUGCGUCCCCGUCUCUAGACGUCCUCAUUACGCUGCUCACACUGGGAGCCAACGGCUACAAGAAACUCUUGGCUGAGAGAAAGGAGCUGUAUGGUCACCUGGCGCAGGAGCUGAGCGCUCUAGCCGAGAGACACGGGGAGAGACUGCUGCAUACGCCACACAAUCCAAUAUCACUGGCGAUGUCUCUGAACCGUCUCCAGACACACAGCACCGCAGCAGUCACGCAGCUGGGCUCCAUGCUCUUCACCAGACAGGUGUCUGGAGCCAGGGUUGUCCCGCUGGGUGUGGAGCAGACCGUGAGCGGACACACGUUUCGUGGCUUCAUGUCGCACGCAGAUGCCUAUCCGUGCCCGUACCUUAACGCAGCCUCUGCUAUUGGAAUAACCAGAGAUGAUAUAACACUGUGCAUCAAGAGACUCGAUAAAUGCCUCAAGAGCCUUAGCAAAGAAGCUCCUGCAGAGAAGAGUGAGUCAGGAUCGCCAGCUGAAGAUGUGGACGACCAAACCGUGCCCUGAUGCUCUCGGUGAAAGAGUUUGAUGCAUAGGAAUCAUUUUUUCAUAAUUUGAUCUUGUGGCAAUAACCUUGUGUGUGAAUGUUGAUAAAUCAACAUAUGGCCACAAAUGCAUUCAUUUUCCCCAUGCUCAGUAAAUGCGACCCGUGUUUGACAGUAUACCCUAACUGACAAUAAAUACAUUAUUUUG